UAGGUGAGGAUGGAGGGUAUGGUGAAGAAAUAUCAGCAAAAAUUUAGAAAAGUGAAAGAAGAGAUGAGUCGAUGGGACGAACUUCAAACUAGGUUGCUUUCCCAGUUCCGGAACUCAUCUUCUAUCAUUCAGAGGUUACAGGUUAUCCAAAAUCCCAAGAACUAUGGUGCCUUGAAAUGUAUUGCUGGCAUUGAAGAUUUGGUCUUGAGAAAGUAGAUGGAAUCUUUGGAAUCUAUCUUGCUUUCCAUGAAUCAGACUCUGGAAGAGUUUCAUGGUAUUGUUUUCUUUCUCAAUAAAAUUCUUCGUGAUGGUAGACAGCUGGUUAAAGCAGGAUCUAUUCAGGCGGCCCCAAAACAGCUACAACAACGAAUUGGUAUAAAACCAUCUCUAGCAGAUUGUCUGGAUGGGCUAAGCCUUAUUUACGAGAUGCACCAAUCAGAGUACAUUCUUAAAGCAUCAAUUGUAUCAGCACUUUCAGCACUUGCCUUGAAGCCCAGUGGCAGUGAUCUAGGUGCUCUCCAGCAACUCUUAGUUGAUCAACCAAACAUCCCCAAAGAGGAAGUGCAAUCCAUAUUUGACAUCGUGUUUGCUGAAGAAAUAUGUUGAUCUUCUGCUUCUUGAUGAUCACAAAUCUUGGUUCUAUGAGAGAGAAAAGGCUGAUGAAUGCUACAUGCAUUUUGAUUUUAGAUAACAAAGGAUUAU